UGCGGGCGGGCUGGGCUGGGCCGGGCCGGGCCCGGAGGUGACGGGUGGGCUGAGGCGGCUCCUCUCUGCCCCGCAGCCUCCUUCAGGUUCGUGGUGCUCCUCUUCAACUGCCUCCUCACCUUCGGCUCCUACUUCUGCUUCGACAUCCCCAGCGUCCUGCAGGAGCAGUUCCAGGGGAACUUGACCUGCCCCAAUGGAACCCAUCAUAACAGCACUGGGCACGACAGCCUGCGGGGCUGCGUCGAGGGCUUGGGAAUGACACCUGCACAGUACAAUUUGCUGUACGCCAUCUACGCGUGGACAAAUGCAGUAGUGGUUAUUCUGGCUGGAUUCCUGAUUGAUAAACUAGGAAAUCGCUUUGGUGUCUUUGUUUUCUCUCUUAUGACUGUGCUGGGAUCAUCAGUCUUUGCUCUCGGCUCACAUUUCAAGGGGUCGCCAUACCUACUACCAAUGAUGCUAACAGGAAGACUGCUCUUUGGCUCUGGGAAUGGGUCACUUACUAUUGUGCAGAAUCGUAUCACAGCCUUCUGGUUCAGGGGGAAGGAACUGGCACUGGCAUUUGGACUGACUCUGUCUUUCUCACGUCUUGGGAGUGUUCUCAACUUCUUCUUCACCCAGCAGUUUGAGGCAAAAUUUGGAAUGCAGUGGACACUUUGGGGAGGUACUCUGCUCUGUGUGCUUGGUUUUGUUUCAGCCCUCACAGUCAGUGUACUAGAUAAAGUGGGCAUGAAGCAACUGGGCUUGGAUGGGGUUAUCCAGCAAGAAUCCAAAAAAGUGCGGAUUCAGGACAUCCAGCGACUUCCCCUUCGCUACUGGCUCCUGGUCCUCACCAUCAUGUUCUUCUACAAUGGAGUCUUCCCCUUUGUGGCAGACGCCAGCAAGUUUAUCCAGGAUAAAUAUUCUGGUUACAGUCAGCAGGCAGCCGCUUAUAUUGCUGGGGCAGUGUACGACAGCUCCCUUGUUCUCUCUGCAGCAGCUGGCAUAUUAAUUGACUACGUUGGACUGAGGGGUGUCUUUGCUGUUGGCUGUGCUGCGCUGACUCUGCCUGUCUUCGCUCUCCUGGCGUUUACGUUUGUGCCCCCGUUAGUCUCUACCAUCUGGUUGGGGAUUACUUACUCCUUUGCUGCCGCUAGUAUGUGGCCAUCCAUACCUCUCGUGGUCCCCCAAGCAACUUUAGGGACAGCCAUGGGGCUUGCAACUUCUGUGCAGAUGGUUGGAGUUGGCCUUUCGAAUCUGGUUGUUGGACACGUCCUAGGAACAAAGUCCAGUGAAUUAAAGAUCCCCCUGUGGCGCUGGCAACAGAUGAUGAUCUUUAUGUUGGCAAACACUGUUGCCUGCAUUGUUGCCUCUGUUAGCCUCAAUAUUGUGGACAAGAAACAGGGCGCGACGCUGAACGGCACCAGGAAGGGAGCAGCGCUGGAGCGGGGGGACGGGAGCCCUGCAGAGGCGGCGCCGCUCCUCCGGGGUGAAACGGGAAACGGCGGCAGCUGAAUCUCUGGAGCAUGAGAGCAGUGCUGGCGGCCAGACACGGCACUGAUCCUUCUGUUCAGCGGGGGAUUUUUAACCUCUUUCAAACAUCUUUAAAGGGAAUUUUGAAGGGGACUGUCUAUGGAAAAGGAAUGUCCACACUUUCUUAUUCCUGGCACACAGGUGUAGUGUCUGCUGGAUGGCUCUCGGGCGUUCUCCUCUGUGCAGAACCCUGCAUGGGGCAUUUCAGUAGCUACACUACAGUAAGUGAAACCAACUGUGCUGCGGCUUCUUCACAAGCCGCCGGGCAGCUGCUUUUCUGUCCUGCCUCCAAACCGCGCCCCCCAGGUGUGCCUGCCCGGCCCACCACUGUCCUUGGCAUGAGAACCCUGUACAUCAGCACUUGCCGACCCACAUGCCUUGGCAGGCCUCCCCUUGCAGUUACUGCUCUGGAUUAGCACCCAUCUGCCACAAAUGACAUACCCAUGCAAGUGACACCACCGGUAUUCUUUAGGCAGGAGACUGAAUUAAUCAAGUUGAUUACCUUUUGCACACUAGCCUAGCUUAAUUGCUUAUUACUUUACUAGAAAUGCUUCUGUAAGCCAUUUCCUUCAAAAGCAUAAAAGGUUUUGAUCUGAAAUUCUGUCCUUUAACCAAGGGUGCUCUUACCAAUGCUAGAGGCUUCUUUGACUCAGCCAACUGCCCUUCUCACUAUGCAAAAUGCUCACGAACACUCCCACAGUGUUUACAAAAGCACAAAGGAUGCUUUAAGAAUGAGGUAAACUUUAACACAGCCAAGUACAAGAAAUGCUGAAGUAAAUGACUUAUGUAAAUUAUUACAAAUUCUAAAGAGAAAGAGCAGCUCUGCUCAAGUUGCAUUUAAUAUAAACACUAGUAGGUUGAAAGCAAUUUAGGCACUGACAGCAUCCACUAAAGUCACAUUUUAAACAGAUAUCACAGAAGACAAAUCCACGCAUCAAAGCAAAGUCUGAUUUGCUGAGAGCGUGAGGUCGUCUGAGUUUGUAGUUACACUGUAAAUUCAUUUCACCCCACAGACCAAGUGUUUCCCUGUUGGAGUCUGGUACGUAGAAAUUGGUGGGUGGGGUGGUAAGUCACAGAAUGCAAGAUCAGAGACUCCUUUAGUUUGGUGGUAACCUCCUGAGAUAUCUAGUCUGGCACCCCCUGCUCAAGCAGGAUCAGCCAGAGCAGAUUGUCCAGGACCACGUCCAGUCUGAGUUGGAGCGUCUCCACAGACUCUACAACCUCUCUGGGCAACCUGUGCCAGCGUUCGACCACCCUCUCAGUAAAAAAGUGCUUCUUGGUGUUCA